AUGGGUCAAGCCGCGGUUCUGCCGAGUAGGAGAGAGGAGUCCUCUGAGCUCUAUCAAUGGUUCAGGAAAUUCAUUCAUGAAUGCCCGUGUGGCCUGAUCACUCUCCAUGAGUUUCAGAAGCACUUCUGUGAUGGAACCGGAGCCAGGGGCUCGGCCGAGUACGCAGAGGAGAUAUUUCGCACUCUGGACAGUAAUGGGGAUGGGCUGGUGGAUUUCCGGGAGUAUGUUGUGGCCAUCAGUAUGCUCAUUGAGGGCUCAGCUGUGGAGAAACUACGCUGGUCUUUUAAGCUCUAUGACAAAGACAAAGACGGCACCAUCACCAGGGAGGAGAUGCUGGAGAUAAUGCAGGCUGUUUACAAAAUGAGUGUGGCUGCCUCCUUGACUCCACAGAACUCAAUGACGGCUGAAGAAUGCACCAACAGGAUAUUUCAAAGACUGGACAAAGACAACAACGCCAUCAUCAGCCUAGUGGAGUUCAUCGAGGGAGCGCUUCGAGAUGAUUGGAUCCGGGAAAUGUUGGAAUGUGACCCCAGUACGGUAAUGGUAGAGAGGCCCUUCAAGAGACAGCCACUUUAGAGGACACUCAAAGUUAA